AUGAUCAACCCCUUCACUCUCCUCACUAUUGCCACCGCCGCUCUGGCCGCCCCCAUUGUCUGCGAAGAACCCCCAAACGACUCUGAUACCCCUAAGUAUGCUCUCAGCAUGUUCCCCGGCCCUGGUGUCAUCGGAAUGAAGCCUCUCCAGAUCCGAGGCAACAACGUGGUCUACGGUCUCACCCAGGGCUUCUCCUACUUCUAUGCCGACUCGGUUGGAAACGCCAUGGUUAACGUCCUGUCCGAAGGCCAGGAGCCCCGUCAGCUGUUCGCCAACGUCGAGACCGGCAAGCUCGAGGUUCUGGACCACCCCGCUCCGCCUCUUGAGGGCAACAGCGGAGGCUGGGGCUUCAACGGCGACGGCUCCGUCGUGUCUUUCUCGUCCUACGGCACCACCCAGUUCUACUCCUGCACGUCCAAGGACGACCCUCUUCACGGCGGCCAGGAGGUUUAUGUCUUCAACGGAGGCUACGCCUGCGACAAGCCCAUCAAGUUCACCAUUGGAGCUGCAAAGAUUUAA